UAAACUGGUUGUGUGUUUGUGGGUUGUAUCUUUGAGUUAUUCUGUUGCUCUCUCUGGUUUUCCCGCAAAUGCAGAACAUUACACCUAACUUGGUUUAGUCAGAUGCUCAUUUUUUCUCUCUGUAAGAUUAUGAUUACAGUUUAGGUCUAUUUUAAUUAUAAUGGAAAGAUUGUUAUUUCUCAUCUUCUUGGGUCCUUUUUAUGCAACCCAAGUACAAGCCCUUCCUCAGGCUAAACUAACAGUCAAUUCAUCAAGAAUCAAAGACACAGAUAAAGUCACCUUAAGCUGUCAGGCUCCAAAACAUGUUUCUGUUCAUCAUUGUCGUUUUUAUGUAAACGGAGGAACUCAGAGAUCUUUCCCCUGCAAAAACACAUUAACAGGAACUGAGCUGCUGUUCCUGUCUAAGCAAAGUUCCCCCUCUGUGGUUGCUGUCAGAUGUUAUUACACUGUAAUAUAUGGAGCCUUAGACUCUCCAUCUCCCCACAGUAAUAUAUUACACAUCAUUAUUGAUGUAAAACCGCAACUGGCUGUAAAUUAUUAUAAGGGUCAUUAUGCUAUCUUCACCUGCUCUCUGGCUGGCUCUGUGAAACAUGACUCAACAUGUAACCUGUACUUUGGAGAAUCAAGUCAUCCAGUCAAAACAAAGACUGUAACGAAGAACUCAAGAACAAAUCAAUGGUCCUGCCAGACUGAGAUUCCAGAAGAUGAAUUACUGAGUUACCUACAUGUAGUUCAACAGAAAGAGGUCAGCUGUGAUUACGUUUUGGAGAAUGAUGAAACAUUUUUAACUGCUCGUAGUGAUCCAUACAGUUUCGCUGGUAUGACUGAGUCAACAAUUGGUAUGACCAGUGCUCUCACAACUACCAAAUCAGCUGAGCCGAAUAUAAAGCAGAACGUGCAGGUGGAUGAGAUCAGUGAUAAUUAA